AUGUUUUCCCGCGUUUUGGUUCGUUCUGCUGCCGUCGCUGCACGCUCCGCGCGUACUGCCCGCUGCGCUCCUAUGUUGCGUAGCGUAAACCUGCAAGCUGCAAGUCUCAGACCUCUGCACUUCUCGGCCGUGCGUCUUAACAAGCAAUGCCAGAAGGUGGCACAGGUGCUGGAAAGCGAGGUUGCACUGGAGGUCGAGGAAGACGUCCAGGACCUGCCCGAGUCCCUGCAGUCGUUCUUCGACAAAACCGGGUUCUCUGCCGUGGCGUCGCCCGGCAAGAACAUGGCGGAGAUCACCAGCAAGACCGCCCGCGGCGAGACUGUGCACGUGUUCUUCGACGUCGCACAGGUGUCUAACCUGCCCCUGGAGUCUGCGGAGCUCGACGGCGAGGCUGCCGCGCCUUCGGAGGAGGAAGAGUUCGACGGCAUGGCCGACAACUUCGCAAACGUCAACGUCGUGGUCGUCAAGGACUCAGACCAGUCCGCGGUCUCCUUUGAGCUGCUCAUGAACCUGCAGGAGGGCACUUUCUUUGUCGACAGCGCGACACCCUACAGCAGCGCGAAGGCUGCCCUUGACGAGACCGCCGAAUCAGAGGUCUCCCGUGAGCUUGUGUACCACGGUCCUCCAUUCUCCAACCUAGACGAGGAGUUGCAGGAGUCUUUGGAGGCUUACCUCGAGAGCAGAGGCAUCAACGAGGAGCUUGCUACUUUCAUCGGAACAUACUCGGAGUUCAAGGAGAACAAAGAGUACAUUAACUGGCUAAAGAACAUGAAGACGUUCUUCAACUAG